UCUCUCUCUCUCUCUUCCUCUUUUUCAGAUAUAUAAAUAAGGUGGUACAAGGUCGUUCCUCUGCAACUUGCACCUUCGAAUCCACAAACAGAAACUCCAGCUUCUCUCUCUCUCUCCCUCCCUCUCUCUACAGAGAUAGCUGAGUGAGAACCAGGGCCUUCGCAGUUUGCAGCUAUAGAUAUGACAAAGGUACAUCCGAACGCUGCCGCCGCCGCCGCCGCCGCAGUCCAGGCCGCCGCCCCGGCGAGGGCCUUCUCCCUGUCGUACGGGAAGGAGGAGGUCCUGACGGUGUGGAAGAAGUCGUUGCUCCUCAACUGCAACGGCUUCACCGUGUUCGACUGCAAGGGCAACCUCGUCUUCCGGGUCGACAACUACCUCGCCGGCAACAAGGGCGAGGUCGUCCUCAUGGACGCCGCCGGCAAGCCUCUCCUCACCGUCCGCCGCAAGAGGUUGAGCCUCAGCGACAACUGGCAGGUCUUCGACGGCGAGGCGGCGGCGAACCCCCGCUUCACGGCGAGGAAGAACGCCAACCUCCUCAACAACAAGGGCCUGGCCCAGGUGAGCAACGGGACGGCCGGCGGCGGGGCCUCCGGGAGCGGGAGCUCGUCGCCGUCCUCGGCGCCCUCCUCGCCCUCCUCCUCCUGGUCCCCGCGGAGCGGCGGCCGGAACGUGGCGUACGAGAUCGAGGGCUCCUAUGCGCAGCGGCGGUGCACCGUGUACGACGCCACGCGACGGGUGGUGGCGGAGAUACGGCAGAAGGAGGCGGUCGGGAGCGACGUGUUCCGGCUGGUGGUGCAGCCGGGGAUGGACAGGUCGGUGGCCAUGGCCCUCGUCAUCCUGCUCGACCAGAUGUUCGGCUCUUCCAGGCGCUUCUCGAGCUGAACGAGAAACGCCCCCCACCCCGCGCGAAACGACUUGCGUUUUUGGGAAAACGCAAUUCGAGAGACGUAAAUAAAUUUUGACGUCACAAAUAUGGAAUUCGGAAAAGACACCGACCAUCGAGAAUCGCCGUCAUUUUUCUCUCUCUUUUUUUAGACAGUCACAGAAAAUCAUAUAUAUUUCCCCACUUUUUUAUGAUUUUUUCUGUCUUGUUCUUGAUCUGAGCCCUUUUUUCUUUUUUUCGUUGCUCUUUCUUUUGUGAGCUUCGUUUUUUUCCUUUUAAAUGAAAAACCAAGCUCCCAGUGGGGGAUGUAUAUGUAUAUUCUGUAUCAUGGUGUAAUUUUCUCUUUUUUUAUUUUAUUUUCCACCUCUUUUUUUCUCUUUUUCCUUUUUUUUUUCCGGUUCUCAGGGUCGGAAAAUGGGGUGAUGUAUUGAUAAAAUCCCUCUCUCUCCCUCUCUCGCCCCUUGUGUGAUUUCCUUUUGCUGCGGAAAUUCUAAAAAAAAAUAAAAAAAAAAUAAUAAAGCAGUAGAAGUAAAUUAUGGUU